AUGGCAUCUAACAGUGCCAACAAUGGCGCCGACAGCGCCGACUUUGACCCGAUAUACCAGAACCUCGACUGGGCAAUUGGUCAGACGCUGAUCAUGGGAUGGGAUGGAACAGAAGUCACGCCGCAGAUCAGAACACUCAUCGAGGACCAUCAUCUAGGCUCCAUUAUUCUCACAGCAAAGAACCUCAAAUCUGCUCAACAAACUGCCAGGCUUGUUCAAGAGCUGCAGACCAUUGCGCAAAACGCCGGUCACCCGCAGCCGCUUCUCAUCGCUGUCGACCAAGAAAACGGCGGUGUCAACAGCUUGUUCGACGAGGAUUUUGUUUGUCAAUUUCCUAGCGCCAUGGGCAUCGCGGCUGCGGGCAGCCCAGAGCUCGCGUAUGAAGUCACCAAGGCCACGGCUACGGAAAUUUCAGCGUGCGGUGUCAAUCUGAUGCUAGGGCCGGUUCUUGACGUUCUGAACAAUGCCCGCUAUCAGCCGCUCGGUGUGCGCGCAACCAGUGACGACCCGCAAGAAGUCUCGCAGUAUGGUCUGGCUGCCAUGGCUGGUAUUCGCGAUGCUGGUCUUGCGACUUGCGGCAAGCAUUUCCCUUCUUACGGCAAUCUUGAUUUUCUCGGAUCGAGCCUGGACGUCCCCAUCAUUACCCAGACCCUCGAAGAGCUCAGCCUGAGCGCCCUGGUUCCCUUCCGCAAUGCAGUCGCCUCGGGGAAACUGGACGCCAUGUUUGUCGGUGGCUGUGGUCUGUCGAACCCGUCCAUGAAUGUCAGCCAUGCAUGCCUGUCAGACCAGGUUGUCGACGACAUGCUUCGCAACGAAAUGGGCUUCAGGGGCGUCGCCAUCUCCGAGUGUCUUGAAAUGGAGGCUCUGAGCCACGACCUAGGUGUGCAGAAUGGCGUGGUCAUGGCCGUCGAGGCCGGCUGCGAUCUGGUGCUUCUCUGUCGAGCCUACGACAUUCAGCUGGAGGCCAUAAAAGGGCUGAAACUGGGUUUGGAGAAUGGCAUCAUCACCAAGGAGAGAAUCUUCACCUCCCUACGGCGUGUUCUACUUCUCAAAUCCAACUGCACGUCUUGGUCCAAGGCUCUCAAUCCACCUGGAAUCUCUUUGCUUUCUCAGCUCCAUCCUUCACAUCUCGCCUUGUCUCGGCGCGCCUUUGACGAAUCAAUCACAGUCAUCCGAGACAAGGAGCAGCUGCUACCCCUCUCACAAUCGAUGCAUCCUGGCGAGGAACUGCUGCUCUUGACCCCCCUUGUCAAGCCACUGCCGGCGUCUUCGUUGACCAAGAGCUUCUUGGACUCGAAGCAAGAUCAGUCACUUGCCACGGGUACUCACGAACGAUGGGUGCACCGUCGCAUGGAUCGAACUGCGCACAUGAGCGGUGAGGGUGUAUUUCGCGAAUUUGGCAAAACCUUAGCGCGUUAUCGGAAUGAGAAGCUGUUACAUACCAGCUAUACUGCGAACGGCGUCAGGCCGGUGCAUGAAAACCUCAUUAACCGCGCGUCCUGCAUCAUUAUAUUUACCGCCGACGCAAACAGAAACUUGUACCAGGCGGGUUUCACAAAGCACGUUGAGAUGAUGUGCUCUAUGCUCCGAAGUCGAGGGCAAAAGAAGCACCUCAUCGUUGUUGCUGUCAGCUCGCCCUACGAUUUUGCCAUGGACAAGACCAUUGGUACCUACGUCUGCACUUUCGACUUUACAGAGAACGCAAUGGCGUCCCUGGUCCGCGUCCUGAUUGGUGAAGUCAAGCCAGUCGGAAGCUUGCCAGGCACGCUUCGAAAGAGCAAAAAGGUUCUUAAAUCAAGACAGCUCUGGCUAGUGGAGGAGUAUGACCGCGAGCGCGACGCCACCGGCCUUGACGACCUGCUCAACGCCAUCCACCGCUCAGGGGGUUCUGACUUGGACUUCCUUUCCAACACGAACGCCUCGGCGUUUGAACUGUUCAACACCAACAUCAAAGAAGCCCAUUACGUGGUACGAAACAGUAGCACACAGGCAUUGUACGGCUUCGUGGCAACAUAUGUGACGGGAGGUGUUGGCAUCCUUGGGGCGCUCAUUGUCGACCCAACCAAGAGAAACGUAUCCAUUGGCCGAUCACUGCACAAGCGCGCUCUCAAGACGCUAUCGCAACAGAGAGGACUAAAAAGGGUCCAGCUUGGCGCCUGUUUCCCCGGUGUCUUUCCGGGUCUGGCUCUCGGCGCCGAGGCAGCCACGGUGAAGACUUGGUUCAGCAACAGUGGCUGGGAUACGCAAUUCCCCCGGCGACUCACCAACAUGGUCAUUGCCGAUCUCGGCAACUGGACGGCGCCCGAGGGACUGCUGCCCACAAUACAGCGAGCCAACAUUAGCUUCGAUCUGAUUCACGGGCUGGACAAUGCCGACACGGUGCUGCACCACGUACGCACGGAGAGCGGCCCCGAGGUGGUGGAGCUGUACCGCUACGCGCUGGCGGAGACGAAGAGCUGCGGCAUCGUCCGCGCCAAGGAUCCCGCGGGCGCAAUCAUGGGCACGAUUAUCAUAUGCAGACAAAACAGCCCCCUUGCCACCUACAUCCCGGCCCUGCGCUCGCGAUCGGAGAACAUUGCCGGCAUCGUGGCGCCCACCGUGCCUUCGGGCCCGCUGUCCACACUGGUGCUGCAGGGACUCGCGCUGAUGGGCGUGCGCCAAUGCAAGAGCCACAAGGCAAGCAAGGCAGUGCUUAGCUGGGUUAUUGACGACACUUGCGAACCGUUGAUUGGCAUGGGCUUUGACUCUCUGCAGAGCUUUGAGGAGAUAACAAACUCUCCAGACAUCUUCCAAAACUAA